GCUUAUACAGUCCUAUAGUAUCCAGCCUCCAGUUUUCAUACAGUAAACCUUCUCUUCUACAUAAAAUAUAAACCUGUCUACUCUACUGAUUUCCAGGAUGAAGAGCUGGAUACAUUUUCUUCUUCUUACAGUUCUCAUCCUUCCCAGUGUGCACGGAUCCUUGAUGUCCAGAAUAGGAUUAAGGUUGGGAGGAACUCCAGCUCAUGAAUCCCAACUAGAUCAUACAAGAAGAAUACCCUGGGCAGUUAAGGAGAUGAUGGAGGAGGAGAAGAGACAACAGGAUACACUUCCAUUUCUCCGGAGAGCAGGAUUGGAUUCUGCUGAGGCGGAUGGUAGACCUCCGCCCUGUAUCGGAAUCUGCUACUAUGAGAAGCUGAAGGCUCUAGAAGCAAGAGAAGAGCUGACUAGACAUAACGAGGUUCUGAAGGAGGACUGUGAGACUGAACAGUGCAUGGAUUACAAGUCCGGAUUAGAUUUGAAACCUGGUAAAACUAGGUCAGAUCAUUUAGAAUUCCCUGAAGAUAAUUUAGCUGAAGAUAAAGAAGAUCUUGUUCACUCUGGUAGUUCAGCUUCAAUACAUGAGUUAGGACCAGGAGCAGGAGAUGAAUAUAUAAAAAAUCAACAAGAUGAAGACAGUGAUGAAGAAGAAUUCAACAAUAAUAUUCUAAACCUAUAAACCUUUUAGACUGUAAACCUCUAAACCUUUUCUACCAUUAUACUCUGCAGCAACUGCAAUGCAAUAACUUAAAAUUCUCCAAGUGACAGGAGUUAAAUAUGUGUAAUUGUGUAUUUAAAUAUUUGUCUAUCUAGAGAUCUAUGUUUUAAAGAAACCCGAUAUUGGAACAUUUGAGGUUUCUAUUAUUAAUGAUAUUAUCAAUCUUUAAAUUUUUAUAUACGAUAUUUGAAAUUCUGCUCAGGCACAAAGGCGAGGAGUAGUCCGUUCUCUUUUAAAACAUUUGUUUUCAUUUACAAAGGAGUCAAGUCUUUGCCACAAACUUCAAUUUUUUAAGCCAUAUUU